UUUGAGGAAGUGAGUGACACGCGUGGGGUGUGUCCACAACACUCGCGUCAGGACUACAUCUUACAGCUCUCAGUCUCUCAGUGUGAUCGAGAUGAAUUAAAGAAACUCUGGAAAACACACACGACUGGACUGAACAUCAGCUCACACUUCAGAUCAUAUGGAAAUACCAGAGUAAAGCGUUCACUCUUCACACACAUGGAGCAGGUCCAGGGCUGAUUGAGUGGAUCUGCGGAUGACGACGUAUGUGGAGAUGUCUGGAGAUUUGAGGAGCAGCAGCAGGAGCACAGUGAAGAUCCUCAAGGUGUGUUUCAUCAGCAACAGCGCAAACCUCGGCAAGAACUUCAAACUGGUCAAAUGUGAAAGUUCCUGGAACAUCAGGAGCAUUAUCAAGGCCAUCCUGGACAGCGGGCGUCUCGGGCCAAACAUCCAGUGUUUUGAAUGCUAUGGUUUAAUGCUGAAGCACCUGAAAUCAGACGAGGUCCACUGGCUGCAUCCCAAACUCACCGUAGCAGAGGUGGAGCAGAAAUAUGAACAGCAGCACGUCGAGGCAGAGUGGAGAUAUGAUUUGAGGAUUCGUUAUAUUCCUGCUGAUUUUCUGGAGAAGUUAAAAAAUGACAAAACCACAAUGCUGUACUUCUACCAGCAGGUUCGUGCCGAUUACAUGCAGCAUAACGCCAGAAGAGUCAGCGACGGGAUGGCCCUGCAGCUCGGCUGUCUGGAGAUCAGGAGGUUUUAUAAAGACAUGAAUGCGAGUGGCCUGGAGAAAAAAUCCAACUUUGAGCUGCUGGAGAAAGAUGUGGGCCUGGAUUUGUUCUUUCCUCCAGAAUUAAUCGACAGUAUGAAGCCAAAGCAUCUGAGGAAAAUGAUCCAGCAGACGUUUCUGCAGUUCGCAAUGCUGAAGGAGGAGCAGUGCAUCAUCAAGUUCUUCGAGACGUUAUCUGUCUUUUCCAGUUUUGAUGAAGAGGUUUUUCCUUGUGAGCUGGUGCAAGGAUGGAGCGUCUCUGUCGAUCUUGUCAUUGGACCCAAAGGUAUCCGUCAACGCACUGAUAAAAGCUCUGUGCCGGUCUCUCUUGCCACAUUUUCACAAAUUCGGAGUAUUAAAUGCACACAUCAGAAUGACGGGAAGGCACUGUUGCAUAUUACUAUAGAAGGAGCUAAACAGCCUUUGUCCAUCAGCACAGCGUCUUUGGCCCUCGCUGAGAACAUGGCAGACUUAAUCGAUGGCUACUGUCGUUUGGAGCACGGAAACGAAAAGACUUUAAUAGUUUGGCCCAAUAAAGACAGAGAAUCCAGAAACUCUCUACCUCCAUUACCCGGCAGCAGUAUGGAGAAUACCACAUCUCACAAGGAAGGCAAAAAUUCAGAUAUUUAUGCAGAGAUACCUGAAGAAAAACCACUUGCAACAUGUAAAUUCAGCAUCUCACGAAAUGACAUUGUGCUCGGCCGGAUUCUGGGUGAAGGUUUCUUCGGUGAGGUGCAUGAUGGGAUCUAUAAAAGCAAGUCGGGUGAGCAAGUGAACGUGGCUGUGAAAACCUGCAAGGACUGUUCAGCUGAUGUGAAGGAGAAGUUCAUGAGUGAAGCUUUGAUUAUGAAGAAACUGGACCAUCCACACAUUGUGAGGCUCAUAGGAGUCAUUGAAGAAGAUCCUGUGUGGAUCGUGAUGGAGCUUUACCCAUUUGGAGAGCUGGAAAAUUAUCUGAAGGAUAACCAGAACAAACUAACCAACGUCACUCUGAUCCUGUACAGCCUGCAGAUCAGCAAAGCUCUGGCUUACCUCGAGGGAGUUAACAUGGUACACAGAGAUAUAGCUGUGAGAAACGUGCUGGUGGCCAAAGUAGACUGUGUGAAGCUGGGAGACUUCGGCUUGUCCAGAUACAUCGAGGAAGAGGAGUAUUAUAAAGCCUCGGUGACUCGAUUACCUAUCAAAUGGAUGGCUCCAGAGUCAAUCAACUUCAGACGCUUCACCUCCGCCAGUGAUGUCUGGAUGUUUGCUGUGUGUAUGUGGGAGAUCAUGAGCGGAGGUCAGCAGCCUUUCUUCUGGCUGGAGAAUAAAGAUGUGAUCAACCAGCUGGAGCAGGGCAUGCGUCUGCCCAAACCUGAGCACUGCCCACCGACGCUGUACUCUCUGAUGACCCGCUGCUGGAGCUACAGCCCAAGAGACAGACCCAGCUUCACUGAGCUCGUCUGUAAACUCAGUGACGUUCAUAAAAUGGAGCAGGAAGUGGAGGUGGAAGAGCUGAGAUCCAGAUCUCGCUCCAUAAACAUAUCUGCAUUUCCUGACGCUCCACCAAAGCCAUCAAGAAUAAUGCCGCCAGGCUUCAGCACUCUGAAUCCACGGCUCAAUCUCCAGGCUCGGGGUUUUCAGGAGCCCAGCAGUAAGGCGGAUGCGCAGCGGCUGUGGGAUGUGGAGCGUCAGCAGAUGCAGGAGACGCUACGCAGACAGAAGCAGGAGAUGCUGGAGGACCAUCAGUGGCUGGAGAAAGAGGAGAAACUGCUGGUUCCGUUUGCUAAUGAAGACAUGAAAACUAAAGCGACCACAGAAAAUGACACUGGCCAAGUCUCCUCUCAGGGUCCUCCAGAGAAGCCACCGCGUGUUUCAGCUCAGCCAGCACCGACAGCAGAGCUGGACCGCACAGAUGACUUGGUCUACCAGAACGUGAUGGAAAUGGUGAAGGUGGUGGUGCAGCUGAAGAAUCAGGUCAACACUCUUCCAGCGUCAGAGUAUGUGAGUGUGGUAAAGUCUGUAGGAAUGACGCUGCGCAGUCUGAUCCACAGUGUAGACGACAUCCUGCCCUCGCUACAUGACUCUAUCAGGACAGAGAUUGAAGGCACACAGAAGCUGCUGAAUAAGGAUCUGGCGGAGCUGAUCAGUAAGAUGCGUUUGGCUCAGCAGAACUCCGUCACGUCUCUGAAAGACGAGUGUAAGAAGCAAAUGCUGGCGGCCGCUCACACACUCGCCAUGGACUCCAAAAACCUGCUGGACGCCGUCGAUCAAGCCAGAGUGCGAGCCAACACAGCCAGACCCGCCGCCUCAUAGAUCUCAAGCUCUGAUUGGAGGACAAACAGGUCGUUUUGUCCAAUCAGAUCAGCUGGCUUUAUUUAUGUUUCUGAAUGUUAAGAAAGCAGUGCUUUCAAAUGUGAAUUUUAUUUUGUUUACAAAUAUCUGCUAUUAAUUAUAUUAUUAGUGUGUGAGAUGCAAUAAAUGCUUAAGUUUUCAAAA